GGAGGAAGAAAUUUCUUAGCCAUUGAAGAUGAAGAGAAUUCCUCUGUGUAAAUGCAAUGGUAUUAUUCCCUUUCUCUCUUUCGUUGCUAUUCCCCAUUCUUGUUCGGUUAACAGAUCCAUUUCUGCAAUGAGUAAAUUUGGGGUAAAUAGCAAUUUUGAGAAGGAGGUCAAGUGUUUAGAUGAUGCUGUCAAUCUCUUCCAUCAAAUGGUUAGAAUGAAGCCUCUUCCUUCUAUUGUCGACUUCUCUAAAUUAUUUAAGAUUAUGAUAAGUAUGAAACAUUACUCUACUGUCCUUUCUCAUUUUCGAGAAAUGCAGAAAUUGGGUAUCCCAAUUAAUGUUUUCAUUUUGAAUAUGAUGAUUAAUAAUUAUUGCCUGAUGCAUCGUGUUGAUUGUGCAUUUCCGGUAUUACCCAUUUACUUGAAGAGUGGCAUUUCAUUUAAUGUCGUCACCUUUACCGCCUUAAUAAGGGGAUUCUUUGCUGAAAAUAAGGUGAAAGAUGCAGUUGAAUUGUUCAAGAAGUUGGUAAGAGAGAAGAUUUGUGAGCCCAAUGAAGUCAUGUAUGCAACCGUCAUGAAUGGGCUCAGCAAAAAGGGUCAUACUCAGAAGACUUUAAGUUUGCUCCGGUUAAUGGAACAAGGUAACCCUGAGCCCAACAUAUAUAUCUAUAGCAUUGUUAUAGACGCUCUUUGCAAAGAUGGAAACUUAGAUGCUGCUAUCAACAUUCUGAACGAGAUGAAGCAGAAAGACGUUCUUCCAAACAUAGUCACAUAUAAUUCAAUAAUUGAUGGUUUGUAUAAGCUCGGUCAGUGGGAAAAGGUUAGGACUUAUUUAUCUGAGAUGGUAAAUCAUAAUAUUUAUCCAGAUGUGCGCACCUUCACCAUAGUGAUUGAUGGACUAUGCAAAGAAGGGAAAGUUGCAGAUGCUGAGGAAGUAAUGAAACACAUGGUUGGAAAGGGUGUAGAGCCUGAUAUAAUUACAUACACUGCGAUAAUGGAUGGCUAUUGUUUGCGUGGUCAAGUAGUUAGAGCGAGGAGAGUUUUUGAUUUCAUGAUAGAUAAGAAUAUUGAACCGAACAUCAUUUGCUAUAGUGUACUCAUAAAAGGAUACUGUAAGAAAAAGAAAGUGGCCGAGGCCAUGAAAUUGCUUGGUGAAAUUUCUCAAAGGGGAUCAAAACCUGAUAUUGUUACCUACAAUACUAUUCUGCAAGGUCUGUUUGAAGUUGGAAGAAUUGGUGAUGCAAAAGAUUUUUAUGUCGAGAUGAUAUCUCUAGGGUUCAUACCUGAUUUAUACACUCAUGGCACUUUGCUGAAUGGCUAUUUUAAGUACGGACUUGUUGAGGAAGCUAUGUCACUCUUUGAUAAGUUGGAAAGAAAGAGAGAAAAUGCUAAUAUUGAAUUUUUUAAUGUUGUCAUUAAUGGAUUGUGUAAAAAUGGUAAACUUGAUAAAGCUCAUGCUAUUUUUGAGAAGCUUUCUUCAAUGGGAUUGCUUCCGAAUGCAAGAACAUACAAUACUUUGAUAACUGGAUUUUGUCUAAAAGGGUUGUUAGAUGAAUCUAAAGAUAUGCUUAGAAAAAUGGAGGACAACGGUUGUAUGCCAGACAAUGUUACUUACAAUGUUUUUGUGCGAGGAUAUCUAAGGUGCAACAAAAUUAGUGAAAUGACAAUUUUUUUGAAGGAAAUGGUUAGAAGGGGCUUCUCAUGUGAUGCAACUACAACUGAGUUACUGUUAAACGUUAUUAGGGAGAAUCCUUCCGUUCUUGACAUGAUACCGAAGUUUCACUCAAUAAAGAAGAAGUGAAUAUUUCUUCCACUUUGUUUAUUGAGCUAUGAUACAAUUGGAAAAAUGGCAAAUAGAAUAUCUCUUGAGCUUUGCAGGCAGGCUUGCGGAGGAGGUACAUCACUUUUGAUAUGUUGAUUGUUUUUCC